AUGCCUCAGCUCUUGCAGGUAGGGUUGAGAUUGCUUCUUUACCCCCUUGGUUCUAAUGUGGUUAUCCGCACAGCAUGUUGUUCGGUGGGGACUGUCUUGCCCGUUUAUUCUACGUUCAAGGCCAUUGAAGCAAAGGAUGAAAAUGAGCAACAUAAAUGGCUUUUGUAUUGGGCUGCUUAUGGAUCAUUUAGUGUUGCUGAGUUGUUCACCGAUAAGAUCCUCUACUGGUGUCCUCUCUACUAUCAUAUGAAGUUUGCAUUUCUUGUGUGGAUGCAACUGCCAUCCGUUGAUGGGGCAAAGAACCUAUAUAUGAAUUACUUGCGUCCCUUCCUCUUCAGGCAUCAGGCAAGAUUUGAUCAACUCAUGGAUCUCUUUUAUGGUGAAAUGGCAAAAUUUGUCAGUAACCAUGAAACAGAAUUCCUGAUUGCAAGGAAGCUCCUUCUAAAGAUUUUAUCAUCAGCUAAUAAUGCGGUUCAAGAAAUAAUCCACCCGAGGCAAAGGCGAGGAAAUGGUUCCGUAAUCGAAGCUCCUCCGGAAGAAGUGCAGACUUCAGAAUCAGAAUCAGAAGAAGAUUGA